AGAGUGUUUAGCAUAGUACAGGGCAUAGCUGACACGUUAAGUGCUCAGAUUUAGGCCCCUCCUCUCCCAAAUAUAUAUAUAUUGUUAUCAUUAAGAUGAGGUGGGACGAUUAGGAUAGGACACAGGUACUGUGCUAGGGGAGUUUACGGUAUAGCUGAGAGUGUUUGCCGUAGUCAGUUAUUCACUACCAAAACCAAACCAAACCAAACCCAGUGCCGUCAAGUUGAUUCAGUAGAACUGCCCUAUAGAGUUUACAAGGAGUGCCUGGCAGAUUUGAACUGCCAACCCUUUGGUUAGGAGUUGCAACACUUAACCACUACUCCACUGGGGUUUCAAGUUAUUCAAUAGAUCUUAACAUAUUGAGUACAUGUAUAUACACAAGGCACUGUGGAUUCAGCAUUAGUAACUUGACCUAGGGACUGAUUACCCAGGUAAGCAAUUGUAAAUCAAGAAAUUGCAAAUCAAGUUCUUCAUUAUCUACGUGAAGUUCACAAAACUGAGUUUUCUAAGUAUGGAAGCCAGCCCUAUGACAAUGUCUGCACUUAGAAAAAUCAAUUUUGCAAACGUCACGUAAAUAGUGAAGUACUUGAUUUGCAAUUUCUGCACUGGUAAGUCUGUUGGGUAAUCCGUCACUGCCCUAGCAGCAUUAGAUAACUAAGACACAAUCUGGUAAGCACCAGUAAGCCCGUGCUUACUUUGCUUAUUGGGUGCUGACUUGACCUCUCUCCUUUUCUUACUUCUUUGUAUCUGUGUAGCAGAUCCGAUAGGCAUUAACUUUGAAUUCUAGCCAGACUCAAACCUGUGGUCACCACCUCCACUGCUGUCGUGCUGGUUUGGACCACCAUCAUCUUUCUACUUGAAUUAUGACAAUAGUCUCCUAACUGGUAUCCCAUUUUCUGUCCUUGCUCCUGUGUAGUCUUUUCUCAACACAGCACUGUCUCAGUAUUCACCACAAUGAUCUUGUUAAAAUGUUCAAGCACUGUCUUCCUGUUGGCCCUGACAAUCAUAGCCAGCACCCAGGCCUUGACACCCACUCACUACCUCACCAAGCAUGAUGUGGAGAGACUGAAAGCCUCGUUGGACCGCCCUUUUACAGAUUUGGAAUCUGUGUUCUAUUCCAUCGUGGGACUUAGCAGCCUUGGUGCCCAGGUGCCAGAUGUAAAGAAAGCAUGCGCCUUCAUUAAAUCCAACCUUGAUCCCAGCAAUGUGGAUUCCCUUUUCUAUGCUGCCCAGUCCAUCCAGGCCCUCUCAGAGUGUGAGAUCUCUAUUUCAAAUGAAACGAAAGAUCUGCUCCUGGCAGCUGUCAGUGAAGAUUCAUCUGUUGUCCAGAUCUACCAUGCAGUUGCAGCCCUGAGUGGCUUUGGCCUCCCCUUGGCAUCCCAAGAAGCACUCGGUGCCCUGACUGCUCGUCUCAGCAAGGAAGAGACUGUGCUAGCAACGGUCCAGGCUCUGCAGACAGCUUCCCACCUGUCCCAGCAGGCUGACCUGAGGAGCAUCGUGGAAGAGAUUGAGGACCUCGUUGCUCGCCUGGAUGAACUGGGGGGCGUGUAUCUUCAGUUUGAGGAAGGACUGGAAACAACAGCAUUAUUUGUGGCUGCCACGUACAAGCUCAUGGACCAUGUAGGGACUGAGCCAUCCAUCAAGGAGGAUCAGGUCAUCCAGCUGAUGAAUGCCAUCUUCAGUAAGAAGAACUUUGAAUCGCUCUCAGAAGCCUUCAGUGUGGCCUCUGCCGCUGCUGCUCUUUCCCAGAAUCGUUACCACGUGCCAGUGGUGGUUGUGACCGAGGGCUUGCCUUCCGACACUCGUGAGCAGGCUGUCCUGCGGUUGCAAGUCACCAAUGUUCUGUCCCAGCCUCUGAUUCAGGCCACUGUCAAACUAGAACAUGCUAAAUCCGUUGCUUCCAGAGCCACUGUCCUCCAGAAGACAUCUUUCACCCCUGUAGGGGAUGGUUUUGAACUAAACUUCAUCAAUGUGAAACUUCCCAGUGGUUAUUAUGACUUCUCUGUCAAAGUUGAAGGUGACAACCGUUAUAUUGCAAAUGCUGUAGAGCUCAGAGUCAAGGUCUCCACUGAAGUUGGCAUCACAAAUGUUGAUCUUUCCACUGUGGAUAAGGAUCAGAGCAUCGCACCUAAAACCACCCGGGUGACCUACCCAGCUAAAGCCAAGGGCACAUUCAUUGCAGACAGCCACCAGAACUUCGCCUUGUUCUUCCAGCUGGUAGAUGUGAACACUGGUGCUGAACUCACUCCUCACCAGACCUUCGUCCGACUUCACAACCAGAAGACUGGACAGGAAGUAGUGUUUGUUGCUGAGCCAGACAGCAAGAAUGUAUACAAGUUUGAACUGGAUACCUCUGAAAGAAAGACUGAAUUUGAUUCUGCCUCUGGCACUUACACCCUCUACUUAAUCAUUGGAGAUGCCACUUUGAAGAAUCCAAUCCUUUGGAAUGUGGCCGAUGUGGUCAUCAAGUUCCCUGAAGAAGAUGCUCCAUCAACUGUCCUGUCCAAGAACCUCUUCACUCCCAAACAGGAAAUUCAGCACCUGUUCCGUGAGCCUGAGAAGAGGCCCCCCACAGUGGUGUCCAAUACAUUCACCGCCCUGAUCCUCUCGCCCUUGCUCCUGCUCUUUGCUUUGUGGAUCCGGAUUGGUGCCAAUGUCUCCAACUUCACUUUUGCUCCCAGCACGAUUAUCUUUCACCUGGGACAUGCUGCCAUGCUGGGGCUUAUGUACGUCUACUGGACUCAGCUCAACAUGUUCCAGACACUGAAGUACCUGGCCGCUUUGGGCAGUGUGACAUUUCUGGCUGGCAACCGGAUGCUGGCCCAGCAGGCCAUCAAGAGGAUCGCUGCAGAGCAGAGCAGUAGAUUGGCAAAAUAUAGGACACUACGGUAACGAUGAAGGGCGAACUCGUGUCAGAAGCAGGGUCCCUUGCCCAUGGUGCCCACCUCCUGCAUGUCAGUUGUUCUAUCUGGUUUUCAGCCCACUCGUUCUUUCCCAGCCCUCCCUAAGCCAAAGCUGAAUUCUGAGGCCAUUUUCUAGCUUACUGGACUGGGGCAAAAGCCUCCUGUAUUAGUCUAGCCAUUGGGGUAGCUUUGCAGCAGAGCAACCUUGGCCUGGCUUUGACUGUGUAAGACUUCAUCCUCGCUUGGAUCUCAUGGGGUACUUAUUUAGAGACGCUAGUCCCUCCUCUGUAUACUUAGAGGAGAGGAGAGUUGAGGAUAAGACUGGGCAAACCUUGGGCUUCUUAAAAGGGGAACCCCAUUCAAAACAUCUAAAUUCAUUAAAUGAUGGUCCCGUGGCAAAUCCUGGCACACCUUAUCACUGUUUCUAGGCCUUUUUGUAGCACCUACCUUUAGUUGGGCCAAACAGUGUGGUUUGGUGAAACUAAAUUGUGAUGGCCACAGAUCAAAGCUGCAUCAGAAUCCAGUUUUAUAGCACUCAGGGUGUGGUGUAAGGCUGCUCCCCCUGUGACUAAAAUACCAAGUUAAACAUCGCCUGUUCUCCUUCCAGAUACUAGCCCUAGGAUGGGAAUGGAAGUGGAGGCAAAGUGAAGUGGGGGGUGGGAGGAGAGCAAGGGAGCUUGAUGCUUCAUUGCUCAGCUCUUCUAGACCAGGGGUUGGCAGACUUUUCCUAUAAAGAGCCAGAUAGUAUUUUAGGCUUUGUGGGCCAUAUAAUCUCAUCUCUGCCACUGUAAUGUGAAAGCAGCCAUAGACAAUAUGUAAACAAAUGAGCAUGGCUGUGUUCCAAUAAAACUUUGUUUACAAAAACAGCAGGUGGGCUGGAUUUGGCUCCAGGCUGGCCUAUGCUGACCCACGCACUAGACCAACAAAGGGGAGGGAGAUAGUUGGGUUUUAAGUAAUGUCUCCUCUUGUUCCUUGCCUUGGAGAUGGCUUUCCCUGACAAAGCAACAAAGCCAGCUAGUUUUUCAUCCUCUGAAAAUUAGAGAGGUCAACAAGUGCAUAGAACGUGGAGCUUUUUUACUGAUGUAUGAGCAGAAGCUGAAACACCUAGCCC